CUUGAGUUGUCUUACAUCAGCUCAGUGUGCCUGGAUAUGAGGUCUAAGUGACUGUAGAGAGAAAGAAACAGUCUGGAUUUUUACUUUGGUUUCCUUUCUCACUGGCUGGAAUUAACAUCUCACUGGACAAAUGGUUUAAGAGAAGCUUGAUUCAAGCAUGCUUGGACCCCUAAGUAUAGUAGUUGUACCUGAUCACUAUACGGAUCAUGUAAAAGGAUGGCGAUGUUUAUCAUCUUGCAAAAAGGAUCUUACUGUGUGACUUAUUACAUAAAGCUCCAGGAUUGUGUUAAGGAAUGAAGGCCAGGUCUCGAUUUGAGAUGAACCACCUUUGGAAGAUCAUCAUCUUUCCCUUAUCACUUCUUCUGUACCUUUCAGGGAAUGUAAAGACCCAAGUAAAUCCAAGUGUGUGUCGAUCCCCUCUAGGGAUGUCUGGAAGGCAGAUCUUAGACGAAGACAUUGUAGCAUCAAGUCAAUGGUCUGAGUCAACAGCAGCAAAAUAUGGCAGACUGGACUCGGAGGAAGGGGAUGGAGCUUGGUGUCCAGUAAGCACAAGCGAUCCAGAAAACAUGAAUGAAUUCCUGCAGAUUGACCUUCGCUCUCUGCACUUCAUCACCCUAGUGGGUACUCAGGGGCGACACGCGGGGGGCAUCGGGAAUGAGUUUGCCCAAACCUACAAGAUCAAGUACAGUCGCGAUGGUAGUCGCUGGAUCUCCUGGCGCAACCGUCAAGGAAAGGAGGUAAUUGAGGCCAACAGGAAUGCCUAUGAUCUUGUGCUCAAGGACCUGGAGCCACCCGUCAUUGCACGAUUCGUGCGCUUCAUGCCCGUCAUUGACAAUUCCAUGAACGUGUGUAUGCGUGUAGAGCUCUAUGGCUGCGAAUGGCUAGAUGGUCUGGUGUCAUACAAUGCUCCACUCGGUCAGGGGAUGGUCUUCCAGGACCAGGAGGUUUACCUCAAUGACUCGGUGUAUGACGGUGCCAUAAUUCAAAGUAUGACAGAAGGUUUGGGCCAGUUGACGGAUGGUAUGUGUGGUCUGGAUGAUUUCACUCUCAGCCAUGUUUACAAUGUGUGGCCUGGCUAUGACUAUGUGGGCUGGAACAACGAGACAGAAACCAAUGGAUAUGUAGAGAUCACAUUUGAGUUCGACCGAAUACGCAACUUCACCACUAUGAAGGUGCACUGCAACAACAUGUUCUCUCACAGAGUGAAGGUUUUCCAGAAGGUGGUGUGUUAUUUCCGCUCAGACUCGGACUGGGAGUCGAACCCCGUGUCUUUUAGUCCCGUGAUGGAUGACGGGAACCCCAGUGCUCGCUUUGUUACCGUGUCCCUCCAAAACCAUAUGGCUAGUGCCAUCAAGUGUCAAUAUUACUUCUCUGACAUGUGGAUGAUGUUCAGUGAGAUCACCUUUCAGUCAGAUACAGCCAUGUACAACACAAGUUUACCGCCCCCCAGCACCGGCACUCCACCCAACACCUACCCAGGGGACAAACCUGUUCACAAAUUAGAUGACAGCAACACUCGGAUUCUGAUUGGCUGUUUGGUGGCCAUCAUCCUCAUCUUGUUGGCCAUCAUCAUCAUCAUACUCUGGAGACAGGUCUGGCAGAAGGUGCUGGAGAAGGUCUCUCGGAGGAUGCUCGACGACGAGCUAACUGCUAGCCUGUCAAUCCAGAGUGAAGCCUUCAGCUGUAACAACAACCUGACCUCCUCAGUAGUCAGCGAGCAGGAGUCCAGCUCUGCCUACGAGCGCAUCUUCCCACUCGGAGCAGAUUACCAGGAGCCCUCACGCCUCGUCCGCAAGCUGCCCGACAUUUCCCAGGUCUCAGAGGACACUGCAUCCAAGUCCACUCAGUCCACCACUCAAGAAGGUGUUCCCCAUUACGCCGAAGCUGACAUCGUCAAUCUGCAAGGAGUAACGGGAGGAAACACCUACGCCGUGCCAGCUGUGACCAUGGACCUGCUAUCAGGAAAGGACAUCCCUAUAGAAGAAUUUCCCCGAAAACUGCUCACAUUUAAGGAGAAGCUUGGAGAAGGCCAGUUCGGAGAGGUGCAUCUUUGUGAAGCAGAAGACAUGGAGGAGUUCAUGGAUAAAAACUUCUCAUAUGAUGUCAGUGAGAAUCAAACCUUGCUUGUGGCUGUAAAAAUGUUAAGAGCUGACGCAAAUAAAAACGCCAGAAAUGACUUUUUGAAAGAGAUCAAAAUCAUGUGCCGAUUGAAAGAUCCCAACAUCAUCCGGCUGCUGGGGGUGUGCAUGAGUUCAGACCCUUUGUGCAUGAUCACUGAGUACAUGGAGAAUGGGGACCUCAACCAGUUCCUGUCCCGUCAUGAACCCGAGGGCAUGAUCGCCGUUCUGAGCAACGCACCAACAGUCAGUUACAGUAACUUACAGCACAUGGCCGCUCAGAUCGCCUCGGGAAUGAGGUACCUAUCAUCACUGAAUUUUGUACACCGAGACCUCGCUACCCGCAACUGCCUGGUGGGAAAAAACUACACCAUCAAGAUUGCUGACUUUGGUAUGAGCAGGAACCUGUACAGUGGAGAUUACUAUCGCAUCCAGGGUCGAGCUGUGCUGCCCAUCCGCUGGAUGUCCUGGGAGAGCAUCCUUCUGGGUAAAUUUACCACCGCCAGUGAUGUUUGGGCGUUCGGUGUGACUCUGUGGGAGACGCUGACUUUCUGCAAGGAGCAGCCAUACUCCCAGCUCUCAGAUGAGCAGGUCAUCGAAAACACUGGCGAGUUCUUCCGAGACCAAAGGAGACAGAUCUACUUGCCGCAGCCGCCCAUGUGCCCCGACCCUAUCUACAAGCUCAUGUUGAGUUGCUGGCAAAGGAACGCCAAAGAAAGACCAUCUUUUCAGGAGAUCCUUCGAAUACUGCUGGAAAAUACACCUUAAUGUCUGCUCCUGUGCCAGAGACGCUUUAGAGUGGCAGCAGGAUAUAAACAAACCGUGCACACACACACACACACACACACACAUUGCGCACACACACACACACACACACACACACACAUAUUUUAGAAAGCCACCCAAUUAAGUAAAGCCAACAGGGAUUUUAUAUAAAUUGUCAUAGUAAAUCCACCUAGGAGUGGCACAAGGUAAAGAAUUAUGAAGCUAAAAUGUAGCAGUGAGUUCAGGCACUUUUGAUAAAGAAAAAUUAUUUCAUAUUUGUAAAGAUUUUUUUUUUUUUUUUUUUUUGGUUUUGGUAUUUUUUGUACUCAAGAAAAGUUCAAACCCAUAUAGUCGUCAAAUUAAAAUGUAAAAGGAAUUUAGGGUCAUUAAAAAUGUUAAGUAGAAAUUUAUUGACACAAGAACGUUUCAUAUUUUGUCCUGUAUUUUAAAUCAGCAGACAGCUUGAAUGUAAAUAGAAAUUUCAGUUUCUUACUUAAAUGAAUUAGAUUUUUAAUUUGUUUAAUUUGUUUUUAAAGUGUCACAUUAAUGUCCAGGCAUCAACAUAUUAUUGUAUUGAUUACACAUAACACUUUAAGAGGCUUUUUAUAAACUUAAUAACCACUUUUAUAGAAGUGGCUAAAACCCAAGCAUGCAUGGACUUCUUAUUUAAAAAAAAAAAAAAAAAACAGUGUUAAUAAUUUUGUUAUACCUUUUUAGAUUUGGAAAUGUUUUUCUAAUAAGUGUCUUUGCUGAACAUUUAAAGCAAAUUAUUGUGUUUAUAUCUGUAUGUAUUACGCUAUGGUUUUUUAUAUUGUUUCACAUUUUGUAUGACAAUUAUUGCUUCAAUGUAUAAAAGUAAACAUAGUUAUUAUUAUUAAUAUUAUUAUUAUUAUUUUUAUUUGUAGUAUAAUUUCACCACGUAUCAAUCCUUUUCAUUUUCUAUUGUUUAUAUUUUGUGUCCUGAUAAAUAUGCAAAUUAUUCUUAGCAAACAAUACCAAAUUAAUGUUAUAUAAGAAAAAUAUGAGCUAUGUUUUGCUUGUAUGUUAAAUUGAACCUAUUAUAUACUGUAAGAGCUUGUAAAUAGCUGAAGUUAUAAAAAGGAUGUUUGGGUUAAAAACUGGAUUCGUAAUGUGGAGUUGGACAAUGACGACUUUGAUGGAGUAUGGCUAUGGGAUACGGGAUGUGAUUUGGGAUGCCAAAAGCGCUGCACAUGCAAAGAUCAGUUUGUAUAAUGUAUUAAUCAGUGAUGUUGCCUAUCAUCUAGAUUCAGAUGUAAUUAAUAUAAAGGUUAAUAUAAAAGGUAUUGGUUUUGUUUAGUGUUCUAUGUAUGACAUGGGUUGUGUUGUAGGUUGGUUUUUGAUGGCCUUCGAUCUGGUCAGUUAGAUUUUUGGGGAAUUGUCAGUGAAAGGUUUGCUGUAGAGAUUCACACAUAAAAGGAAUCAGUUUUCUUGCCUUAUAAAAUGACUUCCUGAUGUUAUUUAACUGCCACAGCUAGUGUCUUGACUCUCAGUGUCCAUGUGUGUCUAAUGUUAUGACUAAUUAUUACUUUAUGUUGUUAUUAUAUCAAAAAUAUUUUCUCCAGCUCCUGCUUUCUUCAAGUGAAACAAAAUAAAAUGAACACAGCAUAUGAUAA